AUGGAAACAAUAUACCCAUUACAAGUCACGUAUUGUCCUAUAUGUACACUACCAGUGGAGUACUGUGAAUAUGGACCUGAUUUCAACGCUUGCAAGAAGUGGAUUGCCAAUAACUGCCCUGAGGCUUAUCCUGAGCUAGCUGAAGAAUUUGAAAAAAUUAAGCUUGGUGAGGAGCCUGCACCAAUUGAAGAAGCGAAAGCUCCAGUACAAGCCCCAACUAAAAAGGUGAAGUUUGAAGGGAUUUAACUUAACAUAACUCAAUUAUGACUAUAGAAAAGCCUUCAAUAGGCUUGCAGGUCUCAUUCACCUUCUUAUUUUGCUCCACCGCUUGUUUUUUAAUCCUAGCACGACCUCUCAUGGUCUCGCUACUCACGGCUUGCACUCACCACCCAUGAGUCAUGUCGCACUCAGCCUCAGGAAAAUUUAAGAAACCAAAUUUUCUGGUCACCUUUUGGCCAAAAUGGAAGCACGUACCCAUGACGAAAACGCCUGGUAUCGUCUCGGAAGUAAUCCCAAUUGGCCAGAAGUAACCUCACUUGUGCUACUAGCCUACCUUUUCCAACUCCGCGUCCAAUCUUACACGAGGUAAAUCCUUGCGCUUCGCCAAGCCAAGCAAAAACUAGCAGGAUAUAAUUACUGAACCCUAUCUUCUUCUGCAAGGUCCCUAACAGAUACUAAGAAGGGGGUAGGCUCGCCAUAACAUUUUAAUAUAUGCAAAGUUUAAAGGGCCAAAACAAGUGAAAAUUGCAUUACUUAAAAGAGGAGCAACAAAAAACAUUACUGCUAUUUCGGGACUGAAAGAUUUUGGAAUUGAUCUCAAGGCUGAGGCUAAAAAUAUUACUCCCUUAUUUGUUUGUAAUAACUGGUUUUUUAUCUUUUAUAAUUUUCUGAAACAACCUAUUUUUGAUUAAAAGUUAAAGAUAGCAAAUAAAACAAUUUAAAAAGCUGCUAUUUUAAAGAGCCUAAAAUUUUAGAUUUUAGAAAACAGAUUUUUUUAUUAAAGGAGGAGAGUCAGAAAAAAAUUUGCCUGUGGGUGUAGCGUAGUUGAUGAUAGCAUUGAAUUGCAAGGAAACUCAGUCAACCAAGUUUAUGAUCACUUAAGUGAGAUUUAUCCGGACAUGAAGCUUGUGAUUGAAGAAGAAGGUGGGAAAAAGAAAGUCAAUAAAGGAAGUAAAAAGUAA